AUGGCGCAGCAGGUGCAGCUCGCAGACUUCGAGAUGGGCCGCACGUUGGGCUGCGGCUCCUUCGGGCGCGUGAAGUUCGCCAAGUACAAACCCGACGGGAAGUUCUACGCCGUGAAGUUCAUGAAGAAGCACGAGAUCAUCAAGUUGAAGCAGGUGGACCAUAUCAACAACGAAAAGAGGUUGAUGGCGCAGAUCUCGUACCCCUUCGUCGUGAACAUGAUGGGCUAUUGCAAGGAUGAGCACUUUGUGUACAUCGUCAUGGAGUCGAUCAAUGGCGGCGAGCUGUUCACUCAUUUGCGGCGUGCACGAAAGUUCUCAGAUGAGCAGUCAAAGUUCUACGCCCUGCAGGUGGCAGCAGCUUUCGCACACAUCCACAGCAAGAACAUCAUCCACCGUGACCUGAAACCUGAAAACAUAUUGAUGCUACCCAACGGCUACUCGAAGCUGACCGACUUUGGUUUUGCCAAGAUUAUCGAGCCAGGAACUCGGACUUACACUUUGUGCGGCACCCCCGAGUACAUAGCGCCAGAGGUUUUGCUGAACAAAGGGCACGGCAAGCCUGUGGACUGGUGGACUCUGGGCAUCCUGAUUUAUGAGAUGAUCUGCGGGCAGCCCCCCUUCUGCGACGAGGACCCCAUGGGCAUCUACCAGAAGAUCUUGGCCGGCAAAGUCUACUUCCCCAAAUAUUUCGACAAGAAUGCCAAGGCACUGGUCAAGAAGCUCCUGGUGGCCGACUUGAGCAAACGAUUCGGGAACCUGAAAGAUGGCUCCGCAGACAUUCUGAAGCACAAGUGGUUCGAGUCCUAUGAGCUCUCCAAAUUGGAGGCUUUCGAGGUCCCUGCCCCAUACAAGCCCAGCAUGAAGGAUGAGAAUGACACCUCCAAUUACGAGGACAUUCCGGACUCCAAGGAGCCCCCACCAGCCGUCGCGGCUUCUCAGGAUCCUUUCCUGGACUGGUGA